AUGAACCACCUCUUAGAGAUGAAGGUUAAGUUUCUAGGAGAAACCAAGAUUGACAAGUUCAAGAACUCCUUGGUUUCCAGGUCUCGUAUGAGCCUAUGGAUGAUUCGGGUUAUGACCAUAUUGCUGAUAUGGAGUUGUUUUGUUCAUUUGGUUGCUUUGGGUGGGAUGUGGGGACCAAGGUUGCUGAAAGGCUGGCCUUGUUGGCUCAGCCACCAUGAGUUCCCAAUGGCUGCACAAGAAAUGGCUUCUCUUCCAAUGAAAAUAGCCCUCCCUCCUAAAAGGAUAUAUCAGAACAAUGGUUAUCUUAUGGUUUCUUGCAAUGGAGGACUCAACCAAAUGCGAGCUGCGAUAUGUGAUAUGGUCACUAUUGCAAGGUACAUGAAUGUCACACUUAUUGUCCCAGAGCUUGACAAGGCCUCUUUCUGGAAUGAUCCUAGUGAAUUCAAAGACAUAUUUGAUGUGGACCACUUCAUAACUUGUUUGAGAGAUGAGGUUCGUAUACUCAAAGCGGUUCCUCCAAGGCUUAGGAGAAGGGUCGAGCUCGGUGUGUACCACACCAUGCCUCCUGUUAGCUGGUCUAACAUGUCCUACUACCAAGACCAGAUUCUUCCGUUGGUGAAGAAGCACAAGGUCUUACAACUGAACAAAACAGAUACUCGACUUGCCAAUAACGAACUUCCUGUCGAGGUUCAGAAGCUGAGAUGCAGAGUAAAUUUCAACGGGCUUAGGUUCACUCCAAAGAUUGAGGAACUAGGUAGAAGAGUAGUCAAGAUUCUGAGGGAGAAAGGUCCCUUUCUGGUUCUCCAUCUCAGAUACGAAAUGGACAUGUUGGCAUUCUCUGGUUGCUCUCACGGUUGCAACCGCUACGAAGAGGAAGAGCUCACAAGAAUGAGAUAUGCUUAUCCAUGGUGGAAAGAGAAAGUAAUAAACUCCGAGUUGAAGAGGAAAGAAGGUCUUUGCCCAUUAACUCCGGAAGAAACAGCUCUUACACUAUCCGCAUUGGGCAUUGACCGUAACGUUCAGAUUUACAUAGCGGCUGGAGAGAUAUACGGUGGUAGAAGACGGUUAAAGGCUUUAACAGAUGUUUUUCCAAAUGUGGUCAGGAAAGAAACUCUGCUGGAUUCGUCUGAUCUGAGUUUCUGUCAGAACCGUUCUUCUCAAAUGGCUGCUCUUGAUUAUCUCAUCGCUCUAGAAAGUGAUAUAUUCGUUCCUACUUAUUAUGGGAACAUGGCCAAAGUUGUGGAAGGUCAUCGCAGGUUCUUGGGGUUCAAGAAAACGAUUGAGCUAAAGAGGAAGUUCUUGGUUGAUCUAAUAGAUGAAUACUAUGAAGGACUGUUGAGCUGGGAAGUGUUUUCGACCAGGCUGAAGGCCUCUCACGGUACAAGAAUGGGAGGUCCCAAGAAGCGGCUUGUGAUUCCGAGUAAACCUAAAGAAGAAAACUACUUCUAUGCUAAUCCAUAUGAAUGUCUUCAGCUAUUACGUGAGAGUAAUGGCACUUCACUUAAAGAAACAAUGUGAUCUGAUCCACACCAUUGUCGAUGGAGAUCUUGGAGCCGAGAUCUUUGGAUUGUAUAUCAAUCUGGAAGAUGGGGUUUAAAAGGUGACCAAUCACCCCCAAUGAGACGUUAUUUGAGGUUCUUUGGUGUACAGCGACUUUCUGAAGAGCUAUCAAUGUUUUGAGGGAAGUGUAAGAAAAUAAAUGCUUUACCCACAAGAUAGUAUGAUAUGUAGAAGUCAUCUCAUUAUGCAUUUUACAAACAAAUGUUACAGUUUCUAUUAUAAUAUAUGAGCCUUUUUUAGCAACAAAUGUUACAGUUUCUAUUCUAGUAUCAUAUGUAGAAGUCCCCUCAUUAUGCAUUUUACAAAAAAAAUGUUACAGUCUCUAUUCUAAUAUAUGAGCCUUCUAAUA